CGCAAUCCUUUUGGACUUGAGUCUCGUUUUUUUGGGGGUUUUGCUGUUCUGGGUUUUUUGUGGGAAACGUAUUUGCUAUCAAAUUGGUUUUUAGAUUCUGAGUUUUGGGAAAUGGCAGUGAGUUUGCUGUAAUUGGUUGCCUUUUAAGUGGUUUUGAGAAAUAGGUUUUUGCUUGAUUAGGGAAAAAAAGGAAUCCCCUGUCUUCAAUUUCCUUAACAAUCUUUCUCCUAUUAAACCUGUUCAAUCUGUUCACAUCACUCAAACCUUGAAUGCGCUCAGUUUCUCGUCACUCCCGUCUGUUUUCACUUCACCCCAUGCGACUACCAUUAAGGAGUCUAGAUUCCUAAGAAGGCAUCAACUCUCAGAUCCAUCGAAACCUGAGUUUGCUUCUGACAGUGUGAGCAAAGUUGAUACUGAUGACGGAGUUUUGGAUGGUGGUCAUAACACUGAGCAGCAGGAAGAUUUAAGUUCUGAGAAUGCUAUUGUUCAGGUUUCUGUUGAGUCAUCUUACCGGUGCACCGAACUCACUGCUGAAUAUGGGCAAUCCUUGAAUUAUGACUGCAAUAGUCCCCUCACCAGCCCUAAGACUAGGAGUACUGCAACUGAUAAAUGUGUAACCAUAGAUAAUCCCGCUUCUGGAGCUCUGGUUCCAUUUUCAGAAUCAAUAUCUGGAAGGAGUCUAUUUGUGAAUCAAACAAGCGUAGGGGAAAUGAGCCACACUAAUCAAAGUGGAGAGGCUGCUGAAUGUGAUUGGGAGAGCUUGAUUACAACUGAGCUACUAAAUUUUGAUUCUCCGAACAAUGCAAAUACCUAUAGGAAAUCCCUGACUCCACGCACUGCCUACUAUACCAGCAUUACCAGUUUGCAACAACAAUUUGGUUGCAUAGUACAAGGUGAAGGAAAUGAGAUGGAUAAUCCUUCUACCCAGCCUGGAGAGGGAAGUUGUCUUACAGAAUUUGCUGAAUGUCAAGACAGGACAGCAAGUUCUUCUCAGGAAAAUGAUUGUCUGGGAGGCACUCUCAGUCAAAAGACAAGUAGUGAGCCUGCUUCUCACAUGUACCGUGGAAUGAGAAGGCGCUGUCUUGUUUUCGAGAUGGUGGGUGGCCGCAGGAAGCAUUUAGAUGAGAAUUCUAUUUCUGUAUCUCCCACGUUGACCCAAUCAGAUGGAAAUACACCUUCCGUAGACAAACAACCUAAUUCUAUAAGGACUCCAAGUGAUUCGUCAAGGUGCAUUCUACCUGGGAUUGGUUUGCACUUAAAUGCUUUAGCAUCUGCACCCAAAGACUUGAAGGUUGUCAAGCAUGAUGCUUCCAUUCCUGGCAGACUGGUGAUAGCACCUGGUUCAACUGCUACUUUCCGCUCCGCAAUGGCUGAUCAAGAUUCUUUUCAUCAACCUUUGGCACUGGCCACUGUGGAGCCAGACAUAGAUCCUUCGGAUAGUGGACUUCCCCAUGUUGAAGAUCCUAACCAGUCAUCUGCCAUGGUGGUCUACGAUGAGUUUAAUCAAAACAGUCCCAAGAAGAAGAGGCGUAGGUUGGAAAAUGAUGCAGAACCUGAGGCAUGUAAGCGGUGCAACUGUAAAAAAUCCAAAUGCUUGAAACUUUACUGUGAAUGUUUUGCUGCUGGUGUCUAUUGUGUGGAACCAUGUUCCUGUCAGGACUGUUUCAAUAAGCCUAUUCACGAGGAUACAGUUCUAGCAACUCGCAAACAGAUUGAGUCUCGUAAUCCCCUAGCAUUUGCUCCCAAAGUUAUCAGGAGUGCUGAUUCAGCAACAGAGGAUGACUCUAGCAAAACUCCUGCUUCAGCUCGGCAUAAGAGGGGAUGUAACUGCAAAAAAUCUGGUUGCCUUAAGAAAUAUUGUGAAUGCUAUCAGGGCGGUGUUGGAUGCUCCAUUAACUGCAGGUGUGAAGGUUGUAAGAAUGCAUUUGGCAGAAAGGAUGGCUCUAUAUUUAUGGGCCUGGAAGCAGAGUUUGAAGAUGAUGAAAUAGAUGCACAAGAUAGGAGUUCAAGGGAUGGGAAUAAACAUAAAGCUGUUAUCCAGAAUGAAACAGAACAAAACCCGGAAUCUGCUCCACCUGCAACACCGCUGUCAUUUGGAAGACCAUUAGUUCAGCGUCAUUCUUUUUCCUCGAAGAAAAAACCACCUCGUUCUUCAUUGCCUACCAUUGGCUCUUCGUCUGGUUUGUAUGCUAUCCCAGGUCUCGUGAAGCCGCAGUUUUUACCACCACAAUCCAAGUUUGACAGGCACUUUGAGACAGUUCAAGAAGAUGAACUGCUGCCUGAUAUCCUUCAAGGAAAUAGAUCGCCAAUUUCUGGGAUAAAGUCUUUAUCUCCAAACAGCAAGAGAGUCUCUCCUCCCCACAGUCACAGUGACUUGGGGAUCUCACCUGGUCGAAGAAGCAGUAGAAAGUUGAUUCUUCAGUCUAUACCAUCAUUUCCUUCGCUUACACCUCAGCAUUGA